AUGUUGGGAACGGCGAGCAGCGGCGCCCCGGGGCCCACAGAGAACAGCGAGAAGCCCCUGAACAAUGGGUUCCUGCAGGCGGGCGCUCAUGCCAUGGACGAGCUGAAUGCCACUGUAGUGUCCCCGCUGCUGGGACAGCAGACCACCAGACCGGGCCUAGCACCAGCUGCAGCCACAGGGUCUCUAUCGGCAACGCCGGCUUUCAAAGUUCCGCAGCAUCAGUCACAGAACAAACUGCCGAGCGUCGCAUUUCUCAGUCCGGACGGCAGUGGCGGCGUGGGCAGCGCCCUUCAGCGCAACAUGCCGCCGGCAAUGCUGGUGAGCACAGCUCGACCCAGCGAUUGGCUGCUCAAGGAGCCGCAGCAGCGACGUCGACUGCUGGUCUUGGCCAUCGCCUUCACUGUCCUGGGUGCGGCCAUUGGGGCGCUGGCCAUAUACUUUGCCAGCGUCCAUCAACGAUGCCAACUAUAUCAUCGGACAGCCCUGGCGGAUGAGCUCAGCUCAGCCGACGAUGGCAUAUCAACGAGGCAUGGACAGGACAAUAUCUGCAUGACACAGGAAUGCGUGCGUACAGCUGCUUCGUUGUUAUCGGCCAUGGAUAUGACGGCCGAUCCCUGCGAGGAUUUCUUUCAGUAUGCUUGUGGCACGUGGAACAAAAUGCAUCCCAUACCCGAAGAUCGCAGCUCGAUCAGUACAUUUGAGGUGUUGUCCGAUCAGCAACAGGUGAUUCUUCGUGGAGUACUGGAGGAACCGAUCGAUGGACGCGAUAACAAAGCGACGAUCAAGGCAAAGACAUUUUUCAAAAGCUGCAUGGAUAUACCCCAGAUACGCAAGAUCGGCGAUGGCCGGCUGAAGGAAGUGCUCAAGUCACUGGGCGGCUGGCCCGUAAUCGAACGCAACUGGCAAGCCCCCAGCCAGAUGAGCAUUGAACAGCUAAUGGGCUACCUGCGCGCCAACUACAGCGAGUCGGUGCUGGUCGAGCUCUAUGUGGGGGCCGACGACAAGAAUAGCUCGGUGAACAUCUUGCAAAUGGAUCAGCUGCAAUACGCCCUGCCCUCGCGCGACUAUUACCUGAAGGCGAGCAGCGAGAACGAUCUAAAGGCCUAUCACAAGUACAUGACGCAGGUGUCGCUGUUGCUGGGCGCCGAUCCGACCACGGCGGCCCGGGAACUGAAUGAGGUGGUACUCUUCGAGACGCAGCUGGUGAAUGUUUCGCUGCCGGAGGCAGAUCGACAUGACACCAGCGCCGUCUAUCGCAAGAUAACGCUGCCAGAACUGCAGCGUCAGGUGCCGGAACUGAACUGGACAGAAUACCUGCAGACCUCACUGGGACCGCAGAUCCCCUUGCAUGCGGAGGAGCCACUGGUGACGUAUGGCAUGCAGUAUCUCACCGAAAUGGGCAAGAUCCUGAAGCGCACCGAACGACGUGUGGUGCACAAUUAUGUGCUCUGGCGUUUGGUCAUGUCCCUGAUGACGCACAUGAUCGAUGACUAUCAACGUGAGCGUGUCGAAUUCCGAAAGAUAUUGAUGGGCAUUCAGUCGGAGCGCACUCGCUGGUCCCAGUGCGUCGAGUGGACAAACAAGAAGCUGGGCGUGGCCGUGGGUGCGCUAUUCAUACGCGACAACUUCAAUCAGGAGAGCAAGGAGGUGGCACUGGAGAUGAUACACACUAUACGGGCCGCCUUCAAUGAGCUGCUCGCCGAGAACCAUUGGAUGGAUGACGAGACCCGUGCUGUGGCCAAGGAAAAGGCGGACUCCAUGAACGAGCGCAUUGGCUAUCCAGAGAUACUGACAAAUGCCACCGAACUGGAGCAGGAGUAUGUCAAUCUAACAAUUGUGCCAAACAACUUUAUAGACAACGUGCUGAACAUUCUGCAAUGGGAAUCGGCGAAGGUGCUUCAUCUGCUGCGCCAGCCGGUGGACAAGGAGAAGUGGACCACAGAGCCGGCUGUUGUUAAUGCCUUCUAUAACCCCAACAAGAAUGACAUUGUGUUUCCCGCCGGCAUUUUACAGCCGCUUUUCUACAGCCAACACUUCCCCAAGUCGCUCAAUUAUGGUGGCAUUGGGGUUGUGAUUGGACAUGAGAUUACCCACGGCUUCGAUGACAAGGGUAGGCAGUUCGACAAGGAGGGAAACAUGAUGCAAUGGUGGAACAAUGCCACCAUCGAGGCCUUUCGAGAGCGCACGCAGUGCGUCAUCGAUCAGUACUCGCGCUACAAGAUCAAUGAGGUGGACAUGUAUAUGGAUGGAAGGAUGACGCAGGGUGAAAACAUAGCGGACAAUGGCGGCCUCAAGCAGGCAUUUAGGGCCUACAAGAAGUGGGAGAAACUGCACGGACGCGAGCUGCAGCUACCAGGCCUGAACAUGACGCACGAUCAGCUCUUCUUUCUCAACUACGCCCAAAUCUGGUGCGGCUCCAUGCGACCCGAAGAUGCGUUGACCAAAAUACGCUCCUCUGUGCACUCGCCGGGCUUCGUGCGAGUGCUCGGACCGCUCUCCAACUCCCGGGACUUUGCUCAUGCGUACAACUGUGGCGAGGGCACGACUAUGAAUCCGGAGAAUAAGUGCAGUGUGUGGUAGAUGACGACGACACAGUUGCUCCCCUUCGCUCUCUUUCCCGCACCGUCUCUUUCUUGCUCUCUUUCUCGCUCGCUCCCUUUCUCAUUAACUGGGGAUUGUUUGCAUAAGAUUAUUUUUUUAUAUUUAUAUAUAUCGUAUGUAUCGGGUGUAUAAAGAAGAGGAUGUCUUUUUUUGUUUAUAUAUACAUAUAUAUAUAUAUACUUAUAUUCGUUUAUAUAGUAUAUGAAUACAUACCUGAUGUAUACCUACAUAUAUGUAUGCUGCUAUAUGUAUCUGUAAUGCAUAUACAAAUCAUGCUCCCUCCUCCACAUAGCGCUUCAAAAUAUGCAACCUAUAUAAGUAUAUACAUAUAUACAUAUGCUCUAUUCUUUAAGACAAGCAACAUCGCUCCCAAUAUCCGAGAAGAGUCAGUCAACAAAUGACAUUAUAAUCGUAAAUAAAAUUAAUUUAAAACCA